CAGAACAUUUGUACUGGAAGUAAUCGUAACGAAAAUCAAGAGACGCUAAUGAAACCAGAGCUCGACUCGAAUAUAACGAAGUCGACACUCGCCGUUUAUUGUUCCACGUCGUCUCAUGGCGUUAUUACGCGCGACAUCCUUGGAAGUUAAUAGUUACUUGGCAACUACGAUUCUCGUUUUUACUAAGAAUAUUCUGAGGGGAGUAUUAGCGACGCGACCUACUCGAGUGGAUCUUAGGGAGGCCAUAAUUUUGAUGAGGGUAAGCAUAGACACGCGGGUCGUGAUGGAAGGUAAGGGCCGUGAGCGGGCUAAAAAUUUGAUGAAGCCCGCAGGACUUCGUCGACCUCUCGGAAGUACUCGGCUUAAAUAGAUGGCAUAGUUUCCAUUCUUCCCGAAAGACGAGGUCUCGCUCCACGCUCCCACCCAUCACAACGGUCGAGGAUGGAUAAACGGGCUUUGGAAAUCUCUCUUUUGCGCGUACUUGAGCGGAAGACGAUGUUUCCAGCUACGAUGAAGUAGAGGGUUCAUACACCAUGAGGGUUCACACGUUCGUUCAACGAUGGAUAAUUUUGGUUUAUGAUCCAAUAACUAAAGAAUGGCCGAUGGUAUCCAUGUGGUAUUCAUUUUUCAUUAGUCUUGGAUAUUUGUACUUUAUUUAUAUCGCUGGUCCUCGCUUCAUGAAAAAUAGGCCACCGUAUAAACUAAAAGGCUUUAUAAUGUUUUAUAAUAUAAUACAAAUUCUAGCAAAUGCUUGGGCUAUAAAGGAAUACAUACGUGCCGGUUGGUUCACGAAAUAUGGUUUCAAAUGCUGGAAACCAGAUUUCGAUAGUCCCAAUGCACAAAUGAUAUUUAACAUUUCCUGGUGGUUGUUACUAUUAAAAAUAUUUGACUACGUUGAAACCUGUGUGUUCGUGUUGAGAAAAAAACAAAAGCAGAUCUCCGUUUUACACGUAUACCAUCAUAUAUCAGUUGUUAUGUUUGCUACGAUAUUCAUGAGAUAUGUUCCGGAUUCAAGAGCUUCGUUUAUUUCUUUGAUAAACUGUUUCGUGCAUGUCGUAAUGUACACGUACUACUUCUGCGCUGCAUGCGGCCCGAAGAUUCAGCGAAUAGUCAACCCCUUCAAACAAUACUUAACUACUAUACAAAUGGUGCAGUUUUUUGUGAUAUUGGUGUACAUGUCGCAAGCUUUAUUUCCUUUUUGUGAAGUGCCAAAGGGAAUCGAAAUAUUACCGUACUUUACGAUUAAUUUAUUAAUAUAUAUAUUUUUAUUUUAUGAUUUCUAUAGGAAAACUUAUACUAAAACGACUAAGCAAAAAAAUUAAUUGCUAAGCAAUUUUGUUUAUCAAUUUAAAUAUUUAAGCGCAUUUUAAAUAAAUGUGUGCGUGCGUGCGUGUCGGUGUGUAUAAGUGACAAAAUUUUACACAUUUUCCGUCUUAUAAUACUUACUAAUAUAUUAAUACAUGUGUGCAACGAUAAGUAGUAAAAAAGAAACAAAAUUAUUAUCUGUAUAUUAUACAAUAUAAAUGUUAUUUUUGUGCACACAUGUGAUGUAUACUGUACAAAUGCAGUUUGCACGUUGCUCUGUUUAGUUUGUUUAUAUUUAAGUAACCAAAAAAUUGUUUUAGUGAUAUUGACUCACAUGCUCUCCUACACGAGUAGUGCCGUAUUUUGUACAAAACUGAUAUCAGGGAGAUAAAUUAAGUAAAAAUAAUUCUUGUAAAAAUAGUAAUAUUGGAAAAUUAUAUCAAAUAAAAGUAAACCAAUUAUGUGUUGAAAAUAAUUAAUAUUUUUGAAAUAAACUGAGAAAGUCAACCUAGCACAGACCCAGAUAUAUUGUCGAAUUAAUAGCGGAAAAAAGAUUAUGUCAAUUUAGUUUUACAAAAUUACAUGUAGGAAUGAUUAUUCAUAAUCGUUCCUACAUGUGCAGAUACAACAAUUGGGAUAAUAUUUCUUAAUCAGUAUUAUGUAUAGGACCCGUAAAAAGUAAUAAUAAUCCAAGGAAUGAAACACACGUGUACAAGUUG